UGGCAUCAAUGCCGCACUUACGCGCGGAGCCGUCAUUCUCCCUAAAAUUAUUUGUUUUAGAAGUGGGAUAUACGAUUAUCAAAUAAGGGAGGUUUACCCAAUAUUUUUUUGAAACCUGGCGAUGGUCAGGAAGCUUCUGAUAUUUUACUACUACUACUACUACCCAAGGCGAGUUCGGGAUGUUUGUUGUUGUUUUCCCUCCGGUUCCCUGGUUACAAUACUGAAGCAGUGAAGACUGAAGUGAGAGCAUAGGAUAUUUUAUCCAUUCCCGCCAGGGGCGGCAAAAUCGGGAGUCUACUGUCUGAGAGGAUAUUACCUUUCGUAAUGUCUGUCUCUGCCUCGCUCUUCUCCCAUGUCUCCUCCGUCAUCACAUCUCGCCUUGCGCCCUCCGUAGUGCGCUCUCAACCCGCCUCACCGCCUUCUAUCCCACAGAGCCCUAACGUUAUUCCCGCGCCUUCCUUAUCCUGUGCCCUCCAAUGUCCACACUUCCAAUCGUGCUCUGGCUGCACUCACGAGUGGAAUCUCCACCGACCGGUCAUACUCGAUGAAGUGGCCGAUUUCUUUAAGAAUCUCGGCAUUUCCGGUUUCAGUUUUGAUAGUUGUAGAUUGUGGGGUUGGAGAUGCCGUGCAAAACUCGCUAUUCGGGGUUCAUCGGCUAGCCCUUUGAUUGGAUUGUAUCAAGAGGGUACACAUAAUGUCGUUGAUAUUCCACUGUGUAAAGCUCACCAUCCUAGCAUUAAUUCUGCCGUUGAACUUUUAAAACAAGGUAUUACUGAAUUGGACGUGGAGCCUUAUAAUGAAGAUGAAGGGACGGGUGAGCUGCGAUACGUGCAGAUGGCCGUAACGACAUACAACACAUCCAUCCCGGCUUCAGAAAGAUACCGAAAUGGUAAAGUACAGGUUUCGUUGGUUUGGAAUUCAAGAAAUGAGAACUCACCCAGUUCAGAAAAGUUAAAUGCUUUGGCCAAUUUCUUAUGGAGGAAUGGUGGUCCUAGUAGUAAUAUCCAUCUAAUUCACUCUGUUUGGGUUAACUUUCAGACAUCUACUAACAAUAUAAUAUUUGGAAAUAGGUGGAGGCAUCUAUUGGGAGAAAGUAAUUUUUGGGAACAUGUUGGAGGCAUUGAUAUAUCUUUGGCUCCAUCCAGCUUUGGUCAGGCAAAUACAAGGGCUUUUGAUUCCUUGCUCCGGAAGUUACAAAAGUAUGUACCCUAUGGAGCAUCUAUUGCUGAUCUAUAUGCAGGGGCUGGUGUGAUUGGAUUAUCAUUAGCUGCUACUAGAAAAUGUAGGUCUGUGAAAUGUGUUGAUAUUAAUAAAGAGUCAAAGCUCUCUUUUGAGAAAACAGUUGGACGCUUGCCAAAAUUUGUGGAUUGCAGUAUCAGCUGGCAUCAUGCAGACACUUCAAUUGGACCUCUAUCUUGGCUUGAGGGAACAGAUGUAGUUGUUGUUGAUCCUCCUAGGAAAGGGUUGGACCAAUCUCUUAUCAAUGCAUUACAAACUUUAGAAUCAUCUGAGCAUAAAGCUGCAGCAUCUGAAAGUUCCUUUUUGAAGGUAAAAGAUGAAAAAAGGCCUUGGAUUCUACGGGCUAGAGAAGCAACUGUUCAGAUUGAGAGCAAAAGUCCUUCUGAGAAAAGUCAUGCAUUGCCUCAAACUCUUAUCUAUAUAAGCUGUGGGUGGGAAAACUUUAAGGAGGAUUGCAAAUCUCUGUUGUCUAGCAAGGCAUGGCAUUUGGAGAAAGCCCAUGCUUUCAAUUUCUUUCCAGGCACUAACAGCAUCGAGAUUCUGGCCGUGUUCAAACGGGGACCAGGAAUUAGCGCCAAGAAAAAGAAAACAGGAAAAAAGAAGAAGAAAGCACAGAGACAAGAUAUUCUUGCCAGAAACUAGAAGUUCAAAAAUGCUGCCUCUUUUGUUCACAUUCAAAAAUUGAAUUUGUUUAUUCUUGACUAACCUGUACGGAAAUAGUUAUAUAGAUUAAAGUUGUACAUACUACUUUUUGCUAAUUGAAUUUUGUAUAUCCUUCUGUUUCUUA